AACCCAUGACUUAUAGCAGAGAGCGCGAUAGUAUGGCAUGUGGUGGCAUGGUGGUAAAAAUUGUGUAGACCGUCUCAUUGCUUCCUCAACGUAUUAAUAAAAAGAAUACAGUCUCAAAUAUCACAUUUAGCUACUUUACUGUGAUAACCUCCAACAGGUUAUGGGCCCAUUAUAUACGCGUGGCUAGUGUUAAUCGUGGCAUUUGAGUUUAGCUGCAAAUUUACUUGUGGUUCUUUGUUCUCGCAUCCAACAGAAAAAUGGACAACUUAACGGUCAGCAAAUUUAAUGGACACGAUUUCGCAGUAUGGAAAUUUCAAAUGAUGGGCUUCCUUGAAUAUCACGGUCUACUAGAAAUAGUAGAGGGUGUACAAAAAAGGCCAACGUCUGAAAGCACAGAAGAAUGGGAUAAGCUGGAUAAAAAAGCGAGAUUUUACAUUGGAUUAUCGUUGGAAUCGACGCAGUUACGUCAAGUAAUGAACUUAAAAACCUCUGCUGAAAUGUGGAACCGACUCGAGUAUCUGUACGAAUUAAAGAAUGCCACGUCGAAACAUUUAUUACUGCAAAAAUUUUUCGAGUAUAAAAUGGAUGACGAUACUAGCGUUGCACAACAUGUUGCAAAAAUUGAAGAAAUGGCGAAACAACUAGAGGACCUAGGUCAUAAACAAGAUGAAGUCACACUAAUAACAAAAGUUCUACACAGUUUACCGCCAGCGUUCAGAAAUUUAAUUGCAGCAUGGGAUUCAGUGCCUGAAGAAGAGCAAACAAUGAAAAAUUUGCUGCCACGACUCAUGAAACAAGAACUAUUAAAUAAAGGAAUAACCGGAUUACAACUCGAUGUCGAUACAGAUUAUAUAUUGGCCAAAGACGUAAAGGAAUUUGUUAUAUGUCUCUUUGACACAGGCUUACACCUUGUACCGAAAUUAUGGUUUGUACCUAAUUCUUUUAAAUUUGUACUGUUUCCAUCAUACAAAACUGAAAUGAGAAUAAUAAAAGCUAUUCAAAACAAGGAAAUACCACAAAACAAUGACUUAUGGGAAGUCCACCAAGUAAAACGCAUCAUGGAAUCUUAUGACGAUUUUCCCAAAGCAUGGAACAAAUUUAAAAAGGCGUGUUUCUUUUCUGAUACUCCGUCCGAAGAUACAGAUGUUAAAAGAACAAAAAGAAAAGAGUAUGCAAAAGAAGUAGAUUCCGAUGUCACAUUAUGUGAAGAUAGUGAUAUUCCAAGGCCACCAAAAUUGAAAAAAAAAUGCAAUAAUUUUGAACGUGCACAAUUUUGUUUAGAAAAUACACUGGACGUAAUAAAGUCAGACAAAGAAAACGUGAAAGCGUUGUCUCCGAUUCCUACAGAUCCCUUGCGGAUUCCUACAAAUGUAGAUAAAAAUGUAGAUGAGAGUAUGUCUUCCGAUAAUGAUAUUUCUAAUGAUAACGUUGAUGAUAACGUUCUUCUGCAACGAACUGAUGAAAUUUUGAGUAAAAUAGGAACGAUUGCGGGUGACGAAUUAGUGGACGAAAAUCUUUUCAUUAAUUCAGAUUUGAAGGAAAUAAAUGUAAAUCAAUUGAUACAAGUUUUGAAGAACCUAUCAAAUCAAAUAUCUUUAUUAGUUGCUGAGGAUCGGAAGAAAACUAAGAUUUUGACGGAAAUACAGGAAGAAUUACAUCAAAUCAGAAAAAAAGAAAUAGAAUUAGAAACAAAUGAAGAGUUCAACAUUUUAAAUACGUUGCCGUUAGCCACUGAGCAACAAAUAUUAGAAAUGGAACGCUUCUUAUUGUACAAAAGGAAUGAAAAUCAAUUGCACCAGAUACUACAAGAAAUUGGUGGUUCCAAUCCAACGGAAAUGACCCGCAAAAUUAUGAAUACACUCUUUACUCUUGAAUUGUGUACAAAAUACACACUUAAAGGCAAAAGAACAAAUAAAAAUAAUUUUAGUACUUUAAAAGUCUGUAGAGUUAUAGAAAAAGUCGUAAUAAAAAAAGGGAACACAACUCUAACAGAAAUACAUAAGGUAAUAGAAAAUUGGCUUAUCAGAGCAAAGGACAAACUUAUGCGUAAAGAAACAAACGCUUCAGCACAUAGUAUUAUAGUGGCACAAGAAAUCAAAGACGAGAUGGACAUUUAUGAGUGUCUGUGAUUUUUAAGUUAUUACAAUAUUGCAUGAUGCAAAAACAAAUAUAUUUUAUAAGUAGAAAUGUAUAUAUAAUAAUAUGUACAAAUAUAUAAAAUAUAAAUAAAUACAUAAACAUACGUA